UAUUUAAGGUCUGUAUUAACACGAAGGCUACAUUUAAUUCUGUCUUCCAUGUCACUCUCUUGAAACGAAGAAUUCUUCAAUUGUCAUUCAUUUCAUUGUACCAUCUCUCUUGGCUCAAUCAAAACAGUCGUUUUCAAUCCGUGAAAGAGACUCUUCAAACCAGUAAUUAAGCCGUUUUCACACAGCGUUUGUUUUUCUGUCUAGCAGUCCAGAGAAUCGAAAAACAAUGUCGGGGCAAGUAGAGGAAGAAGCUAUUGUCAGCAGCUUGAACGGAACCGAGCACGAGGAUGAGGAGGUGGAGGAGGAGCAUUCCGGCUUCAGCAUGAGUAACUUCCUCUGGCACGGCGGCUCCACCUGGGAUGCCUGGUUCAGUUGCUCUUCCAAUCAAGUUGCGCAGGUGCUGCUCACACUCCCAUACUCGUUUUCCCAGCUAGGGAUGGUGUCUGGAAUAGUGUUUCAAAUAUUUUACGGUCUGGUCGGGAGCUGGACAGCUUACCUGGUCAGCGUGCUGUACGUGGAGUAUCGAAGCAGGAAGGAAAAGGAAGGUGUGAGCUUCAAGAACCAUGUGAUUCAGUGGUUUGAGGUUCUGGAUGGAUUACUUGGUCCCUUUUGGAAAGGAUUGGGUUUGGCUUUCAACUGCACUUUCCUUCUAUUCGGAUCUGUUAUUCAGCUUAUAGCCUGCGCUAGCAACAUAUACUACAUAAAUGAUCAUUUGGACAAGAGAACAUGGACUUACAUAUUUGGAGCUUGCUGUGCAACCACUGUUUUCAUUCCUUCUUUCCACAACUAUAGAAUUUGGUCUUUUCUAGGACUUGGGAUGACCACUUACACUGCUUGGUAUUUAACCGCAGCAUCUCUCGCUCAUGGCCAGGUUGAAAAUGUUCAACACACUGGUCCCAAAAAGCUGGUGCUUUACUUCACCGGCGCCACCAACAUACUAUACACUUUUGGAGGGCAUGCUGUCACAGUUGAAAUUAUGCAUGCUAUGUGGAAACCACAAAAGUUCAAGUACAUUUAUUUGGUGGCAACACUCUAUGUCUUCACCCUCACCAUUCCAUCGGCAUGUGCUGUGUAUUGGGCGUUUGGCGAUCAGCUCCUCAACCAUUCCAACGCCUUCUCCCUCCUCCCCAAGACUGGAUGGCGCGAUGCUGCCGUAAUCCUCAUGCUCAUACACCAGUUUAUAACAUUCGGGUUUGCAUGUACGCCACUGUAUUUUGUAUGGGAGAAAGUGAUCGGGGUGCAUGAGACGAAGAGCAUAUUCUUGAGAGCACUAGCUAGGCUGCCAGUGGUGAUACCAAUAUGGUUCUUAGCUAUUAUUUUCCCAUUCUUUGGGCCCAUCAAUUCUGCAGUCGGAGCUCUUCUAGUCACUUUCACAGUCUACAUCAUUCCGGCCACGGCCCAUAUGCUCACCUACCGGAAAGCCUCAGCUCGCCAGAAUGCUGUUGAAAAGCCUCCGUUCUUUAUCCCAAGUUGGUCAGCCAUGUACGUGAUGAACACAUUGGUAAUAGUAUGGGUUUUGGUUGUUGGGUUCGGAUUUGGUGGUUGGGCAAGUAUGACCAAUUUCGUGAAACAAGUUGACACAUUUGGACUAUUUGCUAAGUGCUACCAGUGCAAAGCACCAGUCGCCGCUCAUCCUCUAGCGUCGCCGCCACAAAACCGCUAAGAAUUCCUUACACUUCGCCUCAUUUUUCUUCUGUAUUCUCUCCAAUUUUCUUUAUUGUCAUCUUAUUAUAUAUAUACAGGGGAAGUAGUAAUAUUUUCCUUACAUGUGAUGCGUGCUUUUUUAUUCCUUGGUUUCACUCUUUUUAUUUAACCUAUUAGUAUUAGGUGAGCAUAUAGUGUUAAAUUUUGAUGAAAGAUUCAUUUGCUUUGUUAGAAGCGUAGGGCUAUUAAUUUACAGUCAACCUAAGUUUGUUCU